AUGCUGAAAGUUGCAAAAGAUCUUAAGGUUAACUUUGCAGCGAUCAAGCUGUCAAAAGAGAUGAAAAAUCAAAUGCCCACGUGGCACCACCUAGGACUAACACCAAGGAACUACAGACAACAAUGUAGUGAAUGUAUAGUGAGCAACCACUCCCUCAAGACAGUAGUAGAUCUAGUACAACUGGCCAAACACACCAAAAACCCAGAUAGUGGAAACAGAAGGCACUACUGCAUACGAACCUGCACCUGUGAUCCUUGCAAAGAGGAUCAAAGGAAUGGAUGCCACAACCCUGAUAAGUGCAGUUGCACAACACACAACAUCCUGCGGGAUAUGCAGCCUAAAUAUAACCCAUAUGAGGCACUGCAAGCAGAUGACCUAAUGCUCACUCACAGGAGGCAGGAAAAAAACAGCACCAACAGAAAUCAGAACCAAAGUGACAUAAUCUUCGAUCCCUCUGUCACACUUUGCACAAACCUAUCUGAUGGCAUAUGGAUAUUCACCGACCCAAGCCAGAUAUCCAAUAACCCUGCACACAGAUUAACAAAUAAUGCCCAGAGUAGAGCGGGAUUAUGGAUAGCAGAUGACCACCCGGGCAACUGCGCAAUAUGUACACCAGGGAAACAUCAAUCCAACCAAACGGGAGAAAUUGCCACGGUACUCAUAGCAAUACAAAAAAUGCUGACGUUUGCACCCUUACAAAUAUGCACUAAUUUGCGCUAUAUUAUAGAUGGCCUAACAAAACACCUGCAAACAUGGGAAGACACUGACUGGAUAAACAUAGACAACAAAGAACUGUUCAAAGCAACAGCUUACCAACUAAGGAUGAGAUCAGCGCCAAUAACCUUCCAGUGGGUAAAAGGCCACAAUGGAGAUCUUGGAAAUGAGAGAGCAGACACCCUAGCCAAAAAAGGAGCUGGAAAGAACAUGGUAGAUGACAUAGACUUAACUAUACCCCCUCACUUCGACCUGCAGGGAGCGAAACUAGUGACCCUAUCACAAGCCACAGCCUAUAGAGGAAUAAGGAACCUAAAAGAGAAAGAACUGAAACAAAGAACAGGAACAAAGACUCACCUGGAUAUAACACGAGGAGCACUCAAAGAACUGACAGGAGUGCAAGAAAUGAAUGAGGCGAUCUGGUGUGGCAUCAGAAACAAUGACCUGAGCCUAAACGUACGCCAGUUCAUAUACAAAGCUCUACACAACACACAUAGGGUAGGACAGUACUGGGAGAACAUACCGUAA